CAACUACAAUAAUUCCAAGUUUCCAGAUCCUUAACUUUUAAGUUUUAAUAAUGCUAUCCAAUUUCAACACCAUCAAUGGUCAAUCUUAAAUCCCCUUCAUAUAUGGCCUUUAAUUAUGAAUAACAUACUGAAAUUGGCCCCAAGUAUAUGAAAAGUUAUGGAAUUUCAACUCCCAAAAGCUAGUUUUUUCUAAGAAUGCUUUAACCUUUAUUGGAAACCAACUGUUCGAUAAAAUUCCUCUGUGAGAUGUAAGUGUGCCCAUUUCUGGAAUUUAUUCAAAUUCACCGUAUAACUUUAUUUAUGUUGUAUUGAGAGUUGUGGGUUAAAGAUAAAAUCCGAACUUUAGGUGAAAAGAUGUAAAAUCUUCCAUAUUAUAAUUAUGUUACGGGGAGUCUAGAGCAUGUGAGUAAUUAUGUUACGUUGACAGAGGAAUGAACAAGUUUUGUGAUUUAAGGAGUAAAAUAAUUUGUAUUGCAUUAUAAUUGAAUUCUUAGGGUGGGCCAACCUGUGCCUACAUACUAUAAAUAGAAGUACUUUUCAAUAAAUUAAGGGGCAUAUGAUUGUAUGAAUAAAAUGAAAUAGGCAAGAGUUACAUCAGAUUAUAUAUAGUUGAAGAGCACAUUUCUGGGUUAGUCUCUUUAUCUCUGCUCGAGUUAUGUUUUGAUUUUCAAUUAUUAUUGUAAUAGAAUCAGUUUUUAAGUGAAGUGGAAGUUGAGAGCUUUGUUCUUAUUACCUAAAUUAUCUUAUGUUCAGCGUAUGUGCAAGUUGAGAACUUGAUUACUUGCUAAAUAUUUGAACCAGUUCAUUAGCAACACCGAUUUCACUGUUAUUGAUUAAAUUAGUAUGGGUUAUAUGCAUGACUUUGAUGAAAAUGUUCAGGCGACUGAUGUUGGUGCAGCAAUUAGAAAAGGAAGAGAAAUCAUUCUUCAGGCUUUCAAUUGGGAAUCUCACAAACAUGACUGGUGGGGGAACUUAGAAAGAAAGAUAUAUGAUAUCUCCAAAUCUGGAUUCACGUCUGUGUGGCUGCCUCCUCCAUCUCAAUCCUUGUCUCCUGAAGGUUAUCUGCCACAGAAUCUAUAUGCUCUUGAUUCUGCAUAUGGUUCUGAACACCUACUGAAGGCUUUACUUCAGAAAAUGAGGCAGCACAGAGUCAGACCCAUGGCUGACAUAGUAGUCAACCAUCGUGUUGGGACUACCACUGGCCAUGGAGGAAUGUACAACCGCUUUGAUGGUAUUGCAUUGCCAUGGGACGAACAUGCUAUUACAUCUUGUACUGGUGGAUUGGGCAAUCAGAGUACUGGUGAAAACUUUAAUGGUGUGCCAAAUGUUGACCAUACUCAACCAUUUGUUCGAAAAGAUAUUACAGAAUGGCUGAGGUGGCUGAGGAACAAGGUGGGCUUCCAAGAUUUUCGGUUUGACUUUGCAAGAGGGUAUGCCGCAAAAUAUGUAAAGGAUUACAUAGAAGGUGCCAAACCAGUAUUUUCUGUUGGCGAAUAUUGGGAUUCUUGUAGUUACCAAAAUGGCCGUCUGGCCUACAAUCAAGACAGUCAUAGACAACGGAUUAUCAACUGGAUUGAUGCUACAGGGCAACUGGCAAGUGCAUUUGACUUCACAACCAAAGGAAUCUUGCAGGAAGCUGUUAAGGGAGAAUACUGGCGUCUUCGAGAUGCCCAGGGGAAGCCACCUGGUGUAAUGGGAUGGUGGCCUUCAAGGGCUGUUACAUUUCUGGAUAAUCAUGACACUGGCUCUACACAGUCUCACUGGCCAUUCCCUGGAAAUCACAUUAUGGAGGGCUAUGCAUAUAUCCUUACACAUCCAGGAAUACCAACCGUGUUCUAUGACCAUUUCUAUGACUGGGGUACCUCCAUCCAUGACCAAAUAAUGAAGCUGAUCAAUAUCAGGAAGAAACACAAUAUACAUAGUAGAUCGUGUAUUAGAAUAAUUGAAGCUCAAACAAAUCUGUACGCCGCAAUCAUAGGAGAUAAGGUAAUUAUGAAGAUUGGAGACGGUUCAUGGUGCCCUGCUGGACACGAAUGGAAGCUGGCAACUUGCGGCCAUAGAUACGCUGUGUGGAUUAAGGAAUAAGCAGAACUAAUCUAAAAAGCUCAAAUCUGAAUUAUUGGACUAUCUUCUUAUACAUCAAUUCAUGAAUAAAAUUACAAAAAUGCAUAGAAAUCUUCUGUUUCUUGAUUUUUAACAACCAAGGUGGGUCAAGCACUACUUUAGUAUAUUCUGCCCAAACUUUUCUCUUUUUCUUGUACAUCUCAUAUCUUCUUUUAACCUUCCACUAGUGGAAAAAACCUCGUUUGCUGCGGUUUUUUGGCCAUUUUUUGCUGCGGUUUUGGCCCCCAACAAUAGUGAUAGCAGCAAAUGUCCUACUUUAAAUGUUGCGGUUAAGAACCGCAGCAAAUAAAGGCAUUAUUUGCUGCGGUCAGAGGCAAAAACCGCAGCAAAUAAAGAGGGGUAUUUGCUGCGGUCAGAGGCAAAACCACAGCAAAUAAGUUGUCUUAGCAAAGUACCCCAUUGAUGAGUUUGUCUUAGCAGAUGCUUAUUUGGAAAAUAGAACUUUCAAUUGAAUGAACUUCAAGAAUUUCCCCAUAUGUUAAAAAUAAAUUUUCAGGUUCAAUUGCCACAAAAUAUUCAUGAUUUUUAACUAAAUCAUGUUCACUCAUGUCAUCAAUCAUACAGUUAAUCAAAUCACCAUCCAUAUGAAUAAUGCCUUUAGAACCCAACUUACUUUUUGUACAUGAAUUUAUGU